AUGGCAUAUCACAAGGCUCUUCUCAAGCUUGUCGUAAAAGAAGCUGUUCUUAUCAAACCAUCAAAACCCACUCCUUCCUCUAUUCUUUCUCUGUCUACAAUUGACAACAUACCUGACCUUAAUCGCCUAUGCCAAACCAUUCAUGUAUACCGAUCAACAAUUCAUGAUUUCCCAAAUGGGCAACUACUACAAGACCCUACUCAUGUGAUCAAAGAAGCACUCUCAAAGGCUUUGCUUUAUUAUUACCCUCUUGCAGGUAGGUUAGUAAAGCACACUGAUGGAAAACUUAGACUCAAUUGUAGUGAAGAUGGUGUUCCAUUCUUGGAGGCAAAUGCUGACUGCCACCUUUCAUCUCUACAUUACUUGGAUGGCAGUGACAUGGAAUAUGCAAAACAUUUAGUGUUUGAUCUUCCUUCUCAAGAUGAAAAUGGUUACCAAUACCCCUUGGUGUUCAAGGUGACAAAAUUUCCAUGCGGUGGUUUCACAAUUGGAAUGGGAUUGUCACAUGCUGUUUGUGACGGCAUUGGAGCAUCUCAGUUAUUCAGAGCCAUCAUUGAACUUGUAAGGGGAAAAAGCGAGCCUUCUGUGAAGCCUGUGUGGGAGAGAGAGAAACUAGUUGGAUCAAUCACCGAACAACCAUUGCAAAUGGAUUCUGUGGAUGAAUCUUCAGCUGCAGUUUCACCCUUUCUACCGACUAAAGUUCUUCUGAAUGAAUGCAUUAAGGUGGAUAGUGAGAGCAUUAGAAGACUCAAGAUGAGUUUGAUGAAGGAAUGUGACAAUGUUGAAAACUUCACAAGUUUUGAAUCACUUGCUGCGUAUGUGUGGAGAUCAAGAGCUAGAGCCUUAGAAUUGAGCUAUGAUGGGAAAAUCAUGCUAAAUAUCACAGUUGGGGUGAGAAGGCACAUGAUGGAUCCUCCUUUGCCUAAAGGGUAUUAUGGGAAUGCUAUUGUGGAUGCAGAAGUUAUCUUAACAGUGAGAGAACUCAAUGAAAAACCACUUUCUGAGGUUGUGAAGCUCAUCAAAGAAAGCAAGAAGGUUGCUUUUAACAGUGAUUAUGUUAGAAACUUUAUCAACACUCUAGAGACAGAACAAGAGGAUUUUAACAUUGAAGGAACUGGUGCAUUCACAACUAUGACUGAUUGGAAGCACUUGGGUUUCUUGGAAAAUGUAGAUUUUGGAUUUAAGGAACAAGUGAAUACUGUACCUGCACCAUGUGACAUGUUUGGGUCAGUGGAUUUAUGCAUUUUCUCACCUCUUAGUAAAGUGGAUUCUUCAAUGAAAGGAGGAGUGAGGAUUUUUGUGUCCCUUCCUAGUGCUGCCAUGAUCAAGUUCAAGGAGGAGAUGGAGGAUCUCAGCCUUUUGAAUUGA